CGCCGUUCUUCUUCGUGGGAGGAGGAGUUUGUUGCUUAGUGCCACGUUGAUGGAGACCAGUGUGGACGUGGAGAUCUGUCUGGAGCUCGCAGCCUGGAGCCGGUAGCCUCUUCCUCCGUCCUCUGCUGCAGUUCACCUCGGAUCGAAGCACAAACGGGAGUUAUUGUUGUUUUCUUCUGCUUUCACGGUUGCGUUGAUGUGAGGAGCCGAGAAGGAAAAGAAGCUAAGCCGCUUUAGAGAAGAUGAAGCUCAAAGAGAUCAACCGCACAGCCAUCCAGAGCUGGAGUCCUGCACAGCACCACCCCAUCUACCUGGCCACAGGAACAUCAGCCCAGCAGCUGGACGCCUCUUUCAGCACCAAUGCCUCCCUGGAGUUCUUCGAGUUGGACCUGGCCGAUCCCACUCUGGACAUGAAGUCCUGCGGCUCCUUCUCCUCCACCCACAGAUACCACAAGCUGGUGUGGGGCCCCUUCGGCAUGGACUCCCAGGGUCACCCGUCUGGCGUCCUGAUCGCGGGCGGUGAGAACGGGAACGUGAUCCUGUACGACCCGGCGAGGAUCAUGGCGGGAGAGAGCGACGUCGUCAUCACGGAGAGCGACCGGCACUCGGGGCCGGUGAGGGCUCUGGACGUGAACCCGUUCCAGGCAAACCUGGUGGCGUCGGGCGGCAACGAGUCGGAAAUUUUUAUCUGGGACAUGAACAACUUUGGUUCUCCAAUGACGCCGGGACCCAAAACUCAGCCUCUGGAGGACAUCAGCUGCGUGGCGUGGAACCGGCAGGUCCAGCACAUCCUGGCGUCUGCCAGCCCGAGCGGCCGAGCGUCGGUGUGGGACCUCCGGAAGAACGACCUCAUCAUCAAAGUCAGCGACCACAGCAACAGAAUGCAUUGCUCCGGCCUGGCCUGGAACCCGGAGGUGGCCACGCAGCUGGUUCUGGCGUCGGAGGACGACCGGAUGCCCGUCAUCCAGAUGUGGGACCUUCGCUUCGCCACCUCUCCACUGAAGAUUUUAGAGAAUCACACACGGGGGAUCCUGGCCAUCUCCUGGAGCCUGGCAGACCCCGAGCUGCUGCUGAGCUGCGGGAAGGACAGCCGGAUCCUCUGCUGGAACCCCAACACAGCGGAGGUUCUGUACGAGCUCCCCACCAGCAGCCAGUGGUGCUUCGACAUCCAGUGGUGCCCCCGAAACCCCGCGGUGCUGGCGGCCGCUGGCUGCGACGGACACAUCGACAUCUUCUCCAUCAUGGGCGGCAGCAGCCGGGCGCAGAGUCAGAGACACGCCGACCAGAUCAGCAACUCCUUCGGUAACAUGGAUCCUUUUGGGACGGGCCAGGCUUUACCUCCACUCCAGCUGCCCCAAAGCUCCGCCCCUCCAGCUUCAGCCAUCCCUCUGAAGAAACCCCCCAAGUGGAUCUGCCGGCCUGUGGGGGCUUCGUUCGCUUUCGGAGGAAAGCUGGUUUCUCUGGACAACGCGAAGCCGCAGGUGCAGCCGCAGCAGCAGCCGGCGUCCCACGUCGUGCACAUCAGUCAGGUGGUCACAGAAACAGCUCUGCUGGAUCGCUCCGAGCAGCUGCAGGCCACGCUCAGCUCCGGGAACUUCGUGGGUUUCUGCCAGGAGAAGAUCGACGGCGCUGAAAACCAGUUUGAAAGAACUCUCUGGUCUUUUCUGAAGGUUAAUUUUGAGAGCGACGUUCGCAGCAAAUACCUGGAACUUCUGGGCUACAACAGAGAGGAGCUGGCCUCAAAGAUUUCUGCAGCUUUAGCUGAAAAACCUGCAGAUGCUCCACAGCCGGAGCCGUCUGCUCCCGCCCCUCUGCAGCCGCCUGCAGACGUUCCUCCCGCAGACGCUCCAGAAGCUGCUUUUGACUGGAUCGCAGCCGCAAACUCGCAGCCAGCCAUCACUCUGAGUCCAACUCCAGAGUCCGAGGAGCCGGAAGAACCGGCCGCAGACGGCCGAGAGGAAGAUUUGGAGGAGGAAGAGGAGGCCGAAGAGAAAGAAGAGGAGGAGGAGGAGGAGGAGAUUCCCCUGAAUGAGGACGUGGUGGCUCCGGCAGAGGAGAUCAGUCCAGUUGAGACGCCUGCCGAGAUCCCGACUCCAGCUCCGACGCCUGCAGGAGUCGCCCUGAGCAUCAGUCAAGAUGUGGACGGGCUGAUCACUCAGGCUCUGCUGACUGGAGACUUUGAGGCCGCCGUGGAGCUCUGUCUCCAUGACAACCGGAUGGCGGACAGCAUCAUCUUGGCCAUCGCCGGCGGCUCCGAGCUGCUAGAAAAAACCCAGAGAAAGUAUUUUACCAAAACGCGCAGCAGGAUAUCGAAGCUUAUCAGCGCCGUCGUCAUGAAGGACUGGCACGACAUCCUGAAGACGUGCGACCUCCAGAACUGGAAGGAGGCUCUGGCCGCCGUCAUGACCUACGCUCAGCCUGAGGAGUUUUCGUCCCUCUGCGACCUGCUCGGCGGCCGGCUGGAGGCCGCGGAGGACGCUCAGCUGAAAUCUCAGGCCUGUCUGUGUUACAUCUGCGCCGGAAACGUGGAGAAGCUGGUGUCCUGCUGGAGCCGAGCGCAGGGCGGACGUAGUCCUCUGUGUCUGCAGGAUCUGGUGGAGAAGGUGGUGGUGCUGCGUCAGGCGGUGGAGCAGACCCGGCAUUCCGGCCCCGCCGCCAUCGGCGUCCUGCUGGCAGAGAAGAUGAGCCUCUAUGCAAACCUGCUGGCCUCUCAGGGCAGUCUGGCCACGGCCAUCAGCUACCUGCCCGACAACACCGACCAGGUUUCUGUUCAGCAGCUUCGGGACCGCCUCAGCCGGGCUCUGGGUCAGCAGGCGGCCGCUGCUCCCGCACGCCCCCAGGGGGCGCCCUCCCAUCACCCCCAGCCCAGCCCAGCUCCAUUUGUUCCCGCCCACCAGCCCGCUGGUCCUCCGACCCAGCAACACUACCACCAACCCGUGAGGGCUGCCUCCACUGUCACCUCCUGGAGUAACCAAACCCCCACCGCCCUCCCCAAUGUCCCUCCUCCUCCUCAUCCGGUAGGCAGCGCCUCCAACCCACAGGCGGAGCCUCCGGCCCCCGGGUACAGGAUGCCGGCCCCCGGCCCCGCAGCGCCUCCUCCUGCCUCCUCUGCUCCCGCCUACAUGUUCUCCCAUCAGUACCAGCAGCCUCACGUGCGACCCCCAGCUUUCCCUCAGGUCAACCAGUACCCGUCCCAAGCUGGCGGCCCACCCGUCUAUCCUCCUCAGUACUCGUCAGCUCAUCAAACUCCUCCCACAGACCCCUCCUCCCCUCCUCCUCACCCCCCCGGCUUCCUGUCUCAGUACACUCAGCCCGUCCCGCCUCAGCCGGCGCCUCUUCUUUAUCCCGGACAGCCUCCGUCCUCACACCCCGGUUUCCCUCCUUCCUCCUCUUCUUCUUCUUCUUCUUCUUUUUCUGCUCCUCCGUCCUCCGGAGAGUCUUUCCAGCAUGGGGGGCCAGGAUCUCCUGUGUCGUACCUGCCGCCCCCGCCGACCGGAGUAUCAGGUACUCAGCUCGAGCCCCCGCUGAUCCCCGCCUCCCAGAGAACAGGACCUCAGAACGGCUGGAACGACCCCCCAUCCCUGACCCACGCACCGAAGAAGAAGCAGCUUCCACAAAACUACACCCCCCCUGCACCCAUCACCGCCCCCAUCAUGGCCCCGCUCGGCGCUGACCCUCAGACUCAGCAGAUCCCCUCUGCAGCUCCUCAGGGUCCCCAGGUCUCUUUCUCGGGCAUGCACCCACAGCAGCUGUCCCCCCCCUCGAUGAACCCUGCAAUGCCCAAUACUAGCAUGGAGGGGGCGCCAGGAGCCCCCACAGGAGACGUGAUUCAGCCGCUGCAGUCCAUCCCUGCAGAGAAGAUCCUGAAGAAGCCCAUCCCUGACGAGCACCUCAUCCUGAAGACCACCUUUGAGAGCCUGAUCCAGAAGUGUCUGGCUGUGGCUGCCGACCCCCAAACUAAGAGGAAGUUGGACGAGGCCAACAAACGCUUGGAGGCGCUUUACGACAAACUGAGGGAGCAGACGCUCUCUCCGGCCAUCGUCUCCGGACUUCACAACAUCGCCCGGAGCAUCGAAGCUCGCUCCUACACGGACAGCCUCAACAUCCACACCCACAUUGUCAGCCACAGCAACUUCAGCGAGACGUCGGCGUUCAUGCCCGUCCUGAAGGUGGUCCUGACGCAAGCCAACAAGCUGGGCGUGUGAUUGGUCGGAGAUCGACCCGCCACUCGGAAGUCGGUGGUCUUCCGCUUGUUCCGCACAGAAGCUGCUUUCCAACUGCAGAGGACGAAGGAUUCUGAGGCGAACGACAAAAUGUUCUCGUCUUUUUUGUGCCAUUUAUGUUUUUUAUGACGCAACUGAAACACAAGCCAUUGGUCAGUCCCGCUCGCUGGGGGAAGUAAAGGCGGAGCCAAAUAAAGGGCUGUAGCAACGACACUUUACCGCCAGGAAAACUGUACGUUUGGUCUUAGAAAGGAAAGCAGAAAGAGAAAAAGCAACGAAGAUCAAGGUGGUAAUUAUGUAUUUGUAAUUUAUGAUGCAUGCUUUUGGCAAACAAUUUAUGCAACUCUUAGAUUAAACAUGAACUGAAAUAGCUUUUCACAUUUGGGCAUUACAACAAGCAACUUAUACGAUCAUGAACGGAUAGAUUUUCUGUUUUGCCUCGCUAGCUCAGAUUUAAGCUAAUAGGUUGGAAAAACAUAAUUUGUAAUUCAUCUGAAAAGAUGAAAAAAGGGACUUAAGUUCUGCUCUUAAAGAUGUUCUUUCACCACUGCGGUUGUCGUGGUUACCACUCUGGACCAGCACAUCGUCAGUGCGGUGCCACAUCCUAAUGUUUUACCCCAUUCUUCUCGUUUUUAUCCAUGUAAUCACAUGAGAACUGGCUGUUCUGGAAUCUUAAGGUGUGCAUGCUCGAAUGAGUCGUUGAAGGUGAUUAUCUGGUGAUUAUCUGAACCUCGGAGGGAAACUUCUACUUGAUUUUCAUUCCAGCUGUUUUGACAGCCUGAGCGGUCAGCCUCACUUUGCUGUUCGUAAAAGAAAGUCUUUGUUUUAGAUUGAAAACUGGCAGUAUUUUCAAUAAAUAGUAUUUAUUUACAGCA